UUAAGUAACUAAAUACCAAGUAAAUUGGUUUUAUUUUAAUAUUAAAUAUUAACUGAAACUAGUAAAUUUUUUGAAAAUAUAGAAAAUACACAUACCUGAAAACCAAUGUCAUUAGUCACCAAAGUUAAAGCAGACUAAUAUAUUGUUAAUUGUUAUAGAACAUCUAUUCACUUAAAAAUGUCCUAAGUACAUUUGAAUUUUGAAGGAAGAAUUACAAUUUAAUAUCUGUGAAUCAUGAACCACAAAUGAUUCGACUAGAUUAUUGAAGAAUUUUAAUUAGCCGAUUGCAAAGAAUAAAAUCUAUAUUAAAAAAAUGAAGUCUCAAUCGGAGGCAGAAGAACCUGAUUCCAAAUUUAGUGAUAUUGACGAGUAUGGUUUUAAACGUAGCGAAAAUUUCGAUGUUAAAAUUUAUCAAAAGUUUAUGUCAAGUUACAUAAACGUUCUAGCGAGAAGACGGGUCAAGUGGGAUUAUCUUAUCCGCACUGGAAUUGAUUAUGUUAACAUAAAUUCACAAUUAAAGAGGUUCAUUCGAAAAGGCAUUCCUGCUCCGUAUCGACCAGAUGUUUGGAUGAAAACAUCUGGUGCUCACAAUUUAAAAAAAAAUUCACCUAACUUAUAUCAAAAUUUAUUGAGAGGACACUAUGAAAAAGAGAUUGGGGACUCAAUAUUGAUUGAUUUGCCACGAACAUUUCCAGAUAACAUUUACUUUGAAACUAAGAAAACUAAACUUUUUAAUGUACUUAUGGCAUAUGCUCAUCAUAAUCGUGAAGUAGGUUAUUGCCAAGGGUUAAAUUAUAUUGCAGGUCUGUUAAUGAUAGUAACUGACGAUGAGGAAACAACGUUUUGGUUAUUAAAAAUUGUGGUAGAGCACAUAUGUCCGGAAUAUCAUACAAAGAAUAUGGCAAAUCUUUUAAGAGAUUUAGCAGUUUUUAAAAGAUUAGUAACUCGGCGUUAUCCCGAAAUUAAUAGAAAAUUUGAACAACUAAGCUUACCUUAUGCGGUUAUUGCCAGUAAAUGGUUCAUUUGCGUAUUUGCUGAAGUACUUCCAGUUGAAACUGUGUUGAGAAUAUGGGAUUGCGUAUUUGCUGAAGGAUAUAAGAUAUUAUUUCGGGUAGCGUUAGCACUUAUUCUUACCCAUAAAACUGCAAUAAUUAAAUGUGAGGAAAUUUCUGCGGCUGCUAAUUUAUUUCGUGUAGAAAUGCCGAUAGAUGAAAUAGCUACAAAUUGUCAUACAUUUAUGGAAACUGUAUUUCAAAUAAAACUUAAAAGAUCGGAGUUAGAAAGUUUACGAAAACAAUGUGUUGGUAUUACUAGUACAUAAAAUCUCAAGAUUUUAUAAAAUAAGUUUCAAGUCAUAGAAACGAAAUACAAAUCUGUAUUUAGCUGAAUUGUUAGAAUAAAUUCUAGUUAAUUGGUUUUAAGAAUUUCUUCAAUUAUUGUUAGAAAAAAAAGAGAAAAAUUAGUAUUGGUACUAUUAAAAAAAAAAGCAUAAAUAAAGUACACGUAUAUGCAUUAUCUUUCCAAUAGAAAAAUGAGCAAUACAGAUUAUUCAGCGCGUCAGGCUUGAAUAUAAAAAAUGUAUGUAUAGCAAACAAAAACAAAUGGCAUAUAAAUACAUAAGUAUUAAAUAUCAAAUGAAACUUAACGAACAAUUAUAAUAAAUUAGCUUUAGUUUAAGAAAAAGAGAAAAUUUAGUAAAAUUUGUGGAAACUUAUAAAUUAUUUGAAAAGUAAGAAUUAUUGUAAUUAAGGUGUUUUUAUGUAUAUUUUUACAUAAACUUAUAUCAGGAAUUGGAAAUUAUUUAAUUUAAAAUUACAUAUUUCAUUUUUUAAUUCAAGAUACAUUUAUUUGGAAAAUUCAGUAAUAAACUUUGAAUCAGUCUGAUUAAAAUCAAGUACACACAAAAUAUUUUCCAUUUUUAAAAAUAAUACUGCAAUUAAGUUAUCUUCUAGUAAAAGAUGUUUUUCUAUUUUCUAAAUUCCACGCAUUUCUACACUAUAUUCAAUUCAUUGGUUAAAAAUAUAGAAAAAAAAAUUGGGACAAAUCACCCAAAUUCUCCUAGAAAAGCGUGGGCCUAUUUUAGUUCAAUAAAAAAAUUAUAUAAUGCACUCAAUCAGAAGAAAUUGUAUCAUUUUUUUCAGUUUGACACUGAAACUACCAAGGUUUUAAAUAUAUGUAUCUACAUUUUAAUUUUAAAUUUAUAGGUAUUAAAAUUUUUAAAUAAAGGAAUAACGUUUUAUUUCCUAACUAUGAAGCAAAUGUGAAGUAGAACUGCGUACUCAUUUAAAAUUUAUAGUUUUGAAGUAUCAUUGUUUUAAAAAUUAUUGAAAGCAAUUAUGUCAUAUUUUCUAUUAUUUUUGAAUGCAUCACAUUUUUAAACUAUUGAAAAUUUGUGCAAUAGUAGUCUUAAAUGAUUAAGUUUUAAAGUGAAAUAUAACGUAAGUGUAUAAAAAAUAAUAUAAGCUAUGCUUUAA